UCUUUCUCCUACCUAAAAACCCAAAUUAAUUAAACUUGUCCUAAAAUCUCAGAUCAGACACAGAAAUACCCCUAAAAUCUUCAUCAGCUGAUUGAAACAACAACACAAACACUUUUGACAGAAGAAAGAAAUCAUCCCUCAGAUCAAAUGCAAGGAGGAUCAACUGGAAUCGGUUACGGUCUCAAAUAUCAGGCAAGAUGCAUUGCAGAUGUGAAAGCCGAUACAGAUCACACAAGUUUCCUCACCGGUACUCUCAGUCUCAAAGAAGAAAACGAGGUGCAUCUGAUUAGACUUUCAUCUGGUGGUACGGAACUUGUUUGCGAGGGUUUGUUUUCGCAUCCGAAUGAGAUUUGGGACCUUGCUUCGUGUCCGUUUGAUCAACGCGUGUUUUCUACUGUGUUCUCUUCUGGUGAAUCAUAUGAAGCAGCUGUGUGGCAAAUCCCUGAAUUGUAUGGCCAGUCAAAUUCUCCUCAGUUAGAAUGUAUUGCUUCACUUGAUGCGCACAAAUCAAAGAUUAAGUGUGUGCUUUGGUGGCCAUCUGGAAGACAUGAUAAGUUGAUCAGCAUUGAUGAGCAGAAUAUCUUUCUUUGGAGCUUAGAUUCUUCAAAGAAGAGUGCUCAGGUACAAUCUCAGGAGUCAGCUGGAAUGCUUCAUCAUUUGUCAGGGGGAGCAUGGGAUCCUCAUGAUGUCAAUGUUGUUGCCUCAACUACUGAAUCAUCUAUCCACUUCUGGGAUUUGCGCACAAUGAAGAAAACAAAUACAAUGGAAUAUUCCCAUGUUCGUAGUAUGGAUUAUGAUAGCAAGAACAAGCAUAUGCUUGUGACAGCUGCGGAUGAAUCUGGAAUAAACAUAUGGGAUCUUAGAAUGUCGAAGGCUCCUGUUGCAGAGCUCCCUGGACAUGCACACUGGACUUGGGCUGUUAGAAGUAAUCCUGAAUAUGAAGGGCUCAUCCUUAGUGCCGGAACAGACUCGGCUGUCAACUUGUGGUUUGCCUCUCCUAGCAACGAUGAAAAAUCAUCUGAUAGUGUGUCCAACUCCACUACUAAAUGGACGGAGUCCUUGCUCCAUUCAUACAGUGACUAUGAAGACAGUGUUUAUGGCUUGUCAUGGAGUUCCCGGGAGCCUUGGUUGUUUGCAUCAUUAUCUUAUGAUGGGAGGGUGGUUGUGGAGUCGAUUAAGCCUCAUCUUCCGAAGACAGCUUCGACCAUGCUUUGAUGCGGUUUCCUUUUCGUCAGAUUACACAUUCAAGUCUCAAUUCUUCUUGUUUUCAAACUAGCUAAUGCUUUGAUACACUGCCUUCAAUUACACACUCAUGCAAUUGCUCUUAGACAAAUAUCCCAAAUUGUAGUUUAUAGCUAUAUGUUUUUUUUUUUUUUGAGUGAGAUGUUACCGGGUACGUUUGUUUGUUAUCUUUUUAGAUCCUCUUGGUACUUUUUGCAAGUAUAUUGCGGUUUGACUGGGAACCGGACAAAGCCUGGUUUGUAAGUCUGGGUUGAAUACUCGAGAAUGAUCUCAUGGUUAACUCUACUUACUUGGCUCAUUUUGGUUUGGCCUAA